UAAAAUGAAAAAUUUUCUGUUUGAUUCGAACAUUUUUUGUAUUUUACUUCUGCAAGCUUUUCGUGACAUCCAUAUUCGGGAGAAUUAAAGAAACGUCUUCAAUUAUUCCAUUCAAUUCGUUUAUGCAGGCAUCUAAUCUUUUUUUUACCUUCUUUGCGUCAAAUUUUAUAUUUUUAUAUAAAUUAAUCUUUUGCAUUUUAUUAUGGAAGUCGGAAAUUAAGUGACUCCCACGAAUUUUGGUACCAUCAGCCAUUAGACUCGAAUAUUUAAAUGAUUCUUGUUUUUCUUCCUGAUCCUUUGGUAAAUCCACUUUGUAUUCAGCCAAUUCAGUUAUCGUUUCUUGUAAUUUUUCUUUUUUAGGUUCAUAUUUAAUUAAUUUACAUAUUUGACUAAUCUUUUCUUGAUCUACAUUGUCUUCAUCAUGUAGAUAAGUAUCCAAUUGGAGAAUUUGAUCAUUUUUCUGCUUCUUUCUAUUUGUUAAUUUUACUUCUUCUGUAUCGGGAUCAAAAGUUAUGUGAAUAUUAGUCUUCGAUGAAAAUUUCAUCUUUUUAUUCGGUCUGGAAUUAUACUCCUUAAUAUACGAGUCUCUUUUGAAACAAUUUAAAAAGGUUCGUUUCCUUUUACACUCCAUUAUUGAAUCGCACAGAAUUCCGUCAGAAAUUUUCUUCUUUUUUCUUUCUUGCAAACCAGGUUUACAAUCCAGGUAAUAUUUCAUCCAAAGAAACGUUAUUUAAAUCUGUUAAAUAAAUAGUUCUUUCGUCAUCAAUCUUAUAUUCGGUUUUCUAAUUAUUUAUAGAAUUAUUUUCAAAAAUCUCAAAGAAAUUCAGAGAUGAAUCAGAGAUGAACAUUUUGAAGAGCACUGACCUGGCCUCGCAGUUGAACUUUAAAAUUUAUAAUUCCAAUUUUUGGAAUCUUAUUUAAAUUGUCUUUUUCAUCUUGAACCUGACAAUAAUAACGUAAUUUUAACUUUACGAUUUGACGUAACUUGCGUUUAACAUUUUUAUUGCUACUUUUAUUUAACAAUAUUAUAUGUAUGUUCAAAAUAAUCUCUCUAAAACUAUAAUCUUGUAUAAAGCAGAAAAAUAAUUUUUCUUGUGUAUAUUACAUUGUAUAUUUAUUCAAUCAAAGUAUGCACAUUAUCAUGAAGUAAAUUCAGAUUCGCACGUGAUUCAUCUGUUCUUGUAUCUAAUUAAAAUAAAUAAAUAUUUUUGGAAAUGAUAAACAUUCUACAUGUUUUAUGAAGCGUAGUAUGUCCGAGAGGUACGUGAAAGAAAUUUUAGAGAAGCUCGAAGAAAUUGAGAAACUGCACGCGAAGUUGCGCAGUUUGGUGCCACGCGUAAAAGAUCAUGAAUGGAGAGAUGUGAAAAACGAAAGUAAAACGAAUUAUCUAGAACAAAAACCUAUCAAUUUUUGUCGAAAUUCAGAAAUUAUAAGAAAUAUGUCUAAAGAUUUAACAACGAAAAUAAAAAAGUUAUACGAUCCAAAUACAAAACCUAUGAAAUAUCUUAAAAUGUUUAAAAAUCAUUCUAAUAAUAAAUGGAAAAGUUUCAAAAACUAUUUGUUGACCAUGAACGAAUCCGACACUGUAUUAGUAAACAGAGCUUCUCAAGUGUCGAAUGAUGAUUUAGCAAACAAUAUUUCAGAAAAAACAAUUUCUUUUGCAAUUCCUCAACCAAAAGUCAAUCAUCUUUUUAAGAAAAGAAGAUCUACAUUGCAAGAUCUACCAGAACGGUUACUAAAAUAUUUUGGUUACUCUCAUGAUUCCACCUUUGUAAAUAAAAAUGUAGUAUCGAUACACGAUCAUGGUUUAGGUGAAAAUGAACCGCAUAAAGUGCAUAAAACGUCAAUCAUUCCAGAUGAGAAGACUGAAACAUUAAAAAUCGUUUCAUCCGUAAGAAGAAUCUCAAUAGGAGACAACAAGAAGUGAUCUUCAUUAAACGAUUGAAAAACUUAAAUUACCAAACAAAAUUAAAUAAAAUA